CAAUUCUUCCUCAGGCUCCGUGAUCGCAUUAUAAAAUCGGAAGGUUGGCGUUUGUGAAUAAAGGACAGAUUUUAUUGUUUGCUGUGAUAUUUAAGAGUGGAAUAACAACGUAAAACCUUUCGCCAGUUUUCUUGGAGACAGAAAUGUCUGAUUCAGAGGUGAUAAUGAAGGACGAAACGUGUUCAACGGCGAACGGCAAGUCUGGUCCUUUGGAAACGACGAAGCAGGAGACGGAAGUCAAACCGUUUACAUUGAAGAAAUGGAACAUUGUAGCUAUGUGGAGUUGGGACGUGGACUGCGAUACGUGUGCAAUAUGUAGGGUGCAAGUUAUGGAUGCUUGUUUACGCUGCCAGACAGAAAGCAAACAAGAAGAAUGUGUCGUUGUGUGGGGUGAAUGUAACCACUCAUUCCAUAAUUGCUGCAUGUCCUUGUGGGUCAAGCAGAACAACAGAUGUCCACUGUGCCAACAAGAAUGGAUGGUGCAGAGAAUAGGAAAGUAGGUCUUACUCGGGAGUUCACCGACAGGAGAGACCAAGGGCAGAAGGAGAGACCAACGGGAGAUAUGUCAUCCACUUUUUCGUGGAGGACCCGUCUUUAGUACAGGCUGCGUCAAGAACACCUACGGGAUGGGGAUGCCAUCAGGAUGCCAGACGGGUCACACUUUGCUGCAUCCAUCUGGCCAUGAUGAAAUUUUCAAGAGUGGACUUGCCGCUAGCUCUGAUGUUCCUGGAUUACAAGCCCGACGUCUGUAAACACGAGUCAUCUGUUCAUGUAUUUUAACCUCAGUGUAUAUAUGCAAAUACACUUCCAUUGUACUCACUUUUGACUGAUGCUCCGCCUUUUGUUGCAAAAUGGAAAGAUGAGUUUCAGAUUUUUUAGAAAAAUUUUUGGCCAGUGUCAACCCACAGCGAUACCACUCGUGCAGCAAGAUUUCCCUUUGAUCAUUCUUGUACAGCACGUUUUCCUUGUUUGAAGCUGAAAUACGGCAGGCCUGUAACCUGCCCUUUUAAGAUACAAUCAGCAUGCUCAUUGUUUGACAAAGAAAUUUGAAAAUGCAUCCGCAAGAGCUUCAUAUGGACGUAUUAUAGGAACUGAAGAUUUUUCCAGGUGCAACGGAAGUUGUAAAGUGUAUUGACAUAUUUAUUUGCCUUCGCAAAUGCAUGAGAAUUUCCGUUUUCUGUGUAGGGAUUACUGCAUUAGUCAAAAUGCCCCCAGUUGGAUAUCGGACCUUCAUCUUUCCACACAGCUCAACUCGAGUGUUUCCUUCUGUGGCGUCGCAACCAGUUGAAGACUAAAAAGAAAAGAUGCUCACCUUUUGGCCUCGUACCAAUUUCAUAUACAUGUAAUUGGAUAUUCCUCCACAAAAAGCUUAGCCCAUGUUGAUCUGGAAUCUUUGAAGUCUAGACUUAGUUCAUGCCCGAAGUUUAGACGAAGCCAAGGUUGAAAGAAAUGGCUCUAAACUUUUAAAAUGAACAUCUGUUUGAUUGUGCCCAUUGCUGAUGGCUCUGGUGGGAACUUCAACUCAAAUGUAUGACUUUAUUUCAUGUGCAUCUGGAUUUUAAAAGUUGAAGAAUGGCAUACUGCCAGAGCAAACUUUAAAAAAAAAAAAAUUGAUAACUUUCUUCAACAAUGACAUAGUCGAGUUACAUCUUUUGUGUAUCUGUUAAAAAAUGUUAAUAAACAGAGUGAAUUUAUCGUAAACACAA